GAUAUUGACGAAUGCAAAACGUACCCUGGCAAAUGUCAUGUAAAUGCUACUUGUAAUAACACACACGGAUCACACGUUUGCACAUGCAAACCUGGAUUUACUGGAGAUGGACGCAAUUGUACAGGUACAGUCAAUAAUCUCAGAAGCCUUCAGAUUCUUUUCGACUAUAAUGAUAUUUUUUGUUUGUUGUUGUAGUCGUUUUUUUUUCGUUGUUUUUUUUGAUACCACGGAAAGCCAAGAUUUGAUUUUUGUAACAUAGGGAAAGGCAAUUACCCGCAGUUGGUGCUUGGCUGUGAAUCUUAGAGAUAAAAUGUAUAAAAUUUCAUAAAUGCGUUCAACAACAAAAUGAAGUUGAAAGGAAAAAAUUAAGUGUGUAUAGUAUGUAUUAAAACAAAAUUUUAACAAUUGUUGACAGUUCAUUAAUAGGUCACAGAGGACGUCAAAAUGUGGUAAGAACAAAAAAGUGGCACACUCGGCUGCGCCUCGUGUGUCACUGAUGUUCUUAUCCCAUUUUGACGUCUUCUCUGAUCUAUUACUGAACAGACGCACGGCAACUUGGAAUCUAUUUGUUUUAUAUAAUAAAGAAUUAAAAAAAGCUUUAAUGAUGACGUCGUCUAUACGUUUGUCCUCCAAUAGACCAUAGGUAAGAACCAAUCAGAAUGCGUGCGUAACUGAGCUUAUAUAUAUAUAUAUAUUUAUAAUAAAGUUCGGAUAUAACGCGUGCUGUGAUUGGUUGAAAGAGCGUGCUCUAUGAGAGUAUAGAGCAUAGGGCUGAACUAAAGCUGUCACGCCAUCUGCCAAUUGUACUAUGUUCGACCUUUUCCGGGACUUCCUUUUAGCUUUAUUCCGAUAAUUAAAAGUGAAACAGAAGAAACAAAAAAGUGAAACAGAAGAACCAAACAAAGGUUUGUAAACAUACCAGGCGCCGUAAUUUACGUUAUUAAAACGUGAGCAGAUACGAAAAUCCUCAAAGGAAAAACAAAAUAGACAUUCCGAGUUUUAAAGAUUUCACGCUCAAUUAGAUUGCAAGCUCACGUACCGUAAUAAAAAUCAAACACAGCUAACACUCGUAUAGUAUAUAAAGUUCAGUGUUCAAAAACAAAACAUAAAAAAACAGAAAUGAUGAAAAAUAUAACCAAACUGGCAUAAUUGUUAAAAUUCAUACUAAUCACGACGGUGUCUGAGCGAACAUGAUCAUACUGAAGUUCAUCGCGGCUCGCUCAUCAUGGCGAUCUCCGGUCAUCACAGUAAAGCAAGCCUCAGAAACUACAUCGGCCGCCCUUCAAGUGAAAAAAUAAGAGCUUGCUCUGAUAUCCUUUCCGAUACGUUGAGUGGAAAGUCACAUCAAUUACUGCAGCCGAGUUUUGCGGCGCUGUCAUCCCGAGCGAUCUUCAUGUUUCGGUGAGUUCGGCUGUCGUUCAUUCAAAAAACACACGCCUUGAACAGUUUGUUUUCUACCUUGUCAUGUGAAAAAACUCGCGUGUUUUUAUAAGCCAUAAUCCGGCUGAAGUUCACUGAACAUUUCACUUCAAGAUUCUGUAUUAGAGACUUAAAAACUUCAAGCAAAAGUGUUAAAUUCGACCUACCGAACUAUUUUAGUUUGUAAACUAUCAUAGAAUGUGAACUUUGAUGGUUUUUUAACUUUAAUGGUUUGACACUUUUGACAGCUUUAGUCUUGUACAGCCAAUCAGAUUAUUUUAAUCAUUCUAACAGGGAUUCUGAUUGGCUUGCGGUAGCGUGCUUUAUGAGAGUAUAGAGCAUGCUGACGACACUGUUGUUCGCUUUGGAAAUAAAGUUUGUUUUGAAAAUUGAAAGUAAUGCUUGGGUAAUUUAACGGAUUCUUUAUUAUAAAACAAAUAGAGAAGCCUUGACUGUGCUCUGUUCUGUUAUAAAGCACUUAGGAAGCGGCUAGAGCACUCAAGAAGUGGGAAGAAACACUCGACUACGUCUCGUGUUUCUCCCUACACUUAUUUCGUGCUCUAGCCGAUUCCUGUGUGCUUUAUAACAGAACAGAGCACAGCCAAGGCUUCUCUAUUUGUUAAAUAUAUAUAUCAAAACUCAAAUGUAAUUAAUUAUCGUGCUCCAUAAUGAGGGCGUGGAAAUAUUUUAAUUCUAUCUUAUUAUCGUGAAAGUGGAUUUUUUUCGCUUCAGUCUGUCGUUGGUAUACGAUUUUCUCGAGGAAAAUCUUGCAUCUAGUUUAAUAAAGAUUGGUUUUAAAAGAAUAGGGGUAUCAAUUAUGUAUCAUAGCCUUUUUUUGUUCUGGCAUUAACCAUAUUCUAAUUUUCUUUUCAAUUCUUACUGCGCGCGCGCAAAAGAUGAAAGUUUCUUUAAACCAGUCGGCAACCGUUGGUCAAAAUUCGUAGGUGACACUGUACUCUAUAGCGUUGUAGAAUUUUGUAAUAUUGCCCACUAACAGACUUUUGACGGUAAAAAAAAAAACAGUUAGAUUCUAUAGGAAAUCAAAGAAACCAGUGAUGGGGCACCCUGUUAGGGAAAACCGGGUAUAGCUGUAUAACAACACAUUUUGCAUCAAAUACAUUAUUUUGCACUGUGACGCAGCAUGUAUUUUCAGGGUACAAAAUGAACCCUUAUAAUAAAUAACAAAAAGGAAAUAUUUAAUCUAACAAUGACGAUUUUGCUUCAUAAUUAGACCCUGAAAUUAUUUUCAUUUUCGUGUCAUUCAGAUGGGUAAAUGGCUGAUAUUCAUUACCACAAAUUUUUGAAGGAACGUUCUGCUCAUUUCAUAAUAAUCAUUGGUGUUAAAAGAUUACGAGUAUCACAUUUUGUGACAUUUAGUUUCUUUUAUUUUCUAGUGACAUUCGUUGUAGUUUGAUCUUGACUUAGUAUGCUUGUUCUCUUUCAGACAUUGACGAAUGCAGGGAGGUUCAUGUUGAUAAAAUAAAACAAUGCCAUCCGAAUGCCUCUUGCAUCAAUACCCAGGGUUCAUACAACUGUUCUUGUAACCCUGAUUACGUUGGUGAUGGUUUUAACUGUGAAGGUACGUUUGUUAUCUACCUUUUGAUCAGUUAUGUUCGGUCAGGUGACCAUAAGCAGCCGUACUGUUGGUUUUUUAUAUAUAAACUAGAUAAGCUGCACUAUUAUUGUGCAUAAAGUUGUUCUUUGAUGCGUUAUCGAAGAAAAAGGAAAUACAAAUUCAGAUACUGCUCUUCAUAGUUAAUAAAAUAUGAUUAGCCAUAUUAAUUAUUUUUCGUGGUUGACUAAAGAUGUCUCACUUCUUGACCUCUUAUAAAUACCUAACAGUUAUAAGUAGUUCUUGUGAAAUGAAAUUUCUGGCUUUGGCCGUUGAACUGCUAGAAUUUUAAGGCGCAAGAACAAAUCGGUUAACCAUUUAUUGUAAUUGCUGCAAUCAUCUUUAACCUUUUAGCCGAUCCAUGUAAUACUUAUAAAGAAUUGAACGAUGCCAAUAGAAGAAGUAAUUACGAUACACCGCAAGGUGGACCAGUGUUAUGCGACAGAGAUCUUGAGGGAUGGUACCGUUUUGUGGGAGCUGCAGGAAAAAAAAUGCCAACAACGCGUGUGGAACCAUACCACUGUGGUACAGAAUGGUCAGGCUGGUUGGAUGGUGCUCAUCCUACAGUGGAAGAUGGUGAAGUUCGAAGGACGGUCUGCUUUAGUAAUCGUAAAUCUAAGACCCCGCGUUGCAAAUACUCAGCAAAGAUUUUUGUGAAAAACUGUGAAUCCUACUUUAUCUACAAACUUGUUAAGCUAACAAAGUGUGAAUCGCGCUACUGUGCUACAGAUUGA